AUGGAUUCAGCGAAAAUUCACUUAGAAAUAAAUGCGGGGAAGUGUAUCUAUGAUGGCAAGACAGUGAAGCCUGAUAACCGAAAGGGCAAACUUGUCCUCUAUAAGAUAUGCGACAAUCUGUACAACUUCCAGUGGAUCAACAGGGAAAAUAACAAAGUGGAGGAUAAUUUGAUUUUAACCAAAAGCAUAUCCCUGGAGAGAGUUGAGCAGUGCAAAACUGGGCGGGUAUAUCUUCUGAGGAAUAAAUUGCGAGGAGAGGUGUCCUUCUAUUGGAUGCAAGACUAUGACGAUUCGAAGGACGAAGUGUUCGUGAAGAAAUUCAACUCCAUCAUAGCAAACGAAUUGUCCAAGGAUAUUGGGAGCAAAAGGAGGUAUAACCCAAAUGAGUACUCGUCUGGGUUAUCGGACUUGCUAUUUGCGCAUAAUAGAAAUUUGCAGGGCGCGGACUCGAAGAACGCGGUCUCCUUUAAGGACUUCUUUGUGAGCGAAAAUUUCUCUAAGCUGCUUGAAAUACCGGAAGCCUACGAGGAACUGAAAAUGCAUAUGCCGUCUGGGUAUCAGAACAAGUACGACAUCAUGGACUUAAUAAAUAGUAGAGCUCUGAAUCCCAACUUGAAGUCGCUUGACAUGUCCCUACAGUCCCACCUGAAUUUCAUCUUGAUGUCUUUGAACUUACCCUCACCAGAAGGCAACAUCAGCGACCCAAUGGAGUAUUUAGUUGAAGCGUUGGAAAAUAAAUAUAAAAAGGAAGAAAACAACUGA